AUGGAGUGGAAAAGCGUGAAGGUGCCAUCAGCAUCCAUUGGGCCCAAAGCCUGGCGGGAAAGGGCCAUCAAAGCGGUGGGGUUGGCUGAGGCCGCCAUUGAGGUCACAGCCCACCGCUACCAGGACACCCCGUUCCGCUCUGCCACUCUGUAUGAGACCCAGGCCCGGCGCCUGGCCAGGAGGAAGGGCUGCAAGUACUUGCCUGGGGAGCUAACAGAGAACCCUGAAUCGUUGGAGAAGUUCAAGGCCCGCCAGGACAGGAUGCAGCGGGAGAAGGAAGCCCAGGAGGAGGCCAAGAAGAACGUGUGCACCGUGACGGCCUCCAACGAGGACCUGAGUAGCGACAUCCUCUACAAGGUGCCUGAGGGCAAGGACACAGGCUGGGGCUUCAAGAUGGAGAUGGAGCUGCUGCCCUUCCUGCGGGACCUGUGCGCCAUGCAGAGCAAUGAGCAGAUUGGCAGCUACAUGCUGCAGACCCGCUCAGUCAUCGGGCACCUCCUGGACCAGAUCAACCGCGUCAACAGUGAGAUCUUCCGGCUGAAGGAGACCCGGGACAAGCUGAGGUUGGCCCUGGCUGACAUCCGCAAGGGCCUGGUCCUCAACCGCAUGACCAAUGAGAUGCGCAAGAUGCGGCCGGCCUUGGAACGGGAACCCGAUGGAGCAGAUUUGCUGAUUGACCUGGAGAAGAAGCAUCUGUCCGAGAUUAAACCGAGCCUGGAGAAGCCUCUGCACACGAUAAAGGAUGUGCUUCAGAAAUUGGACACUGCUCGAAUAAAAUUGCAAGAAUGCUACAAAGAGCGAAUGUUGGUUAUUGAUCUGGUCCCUCAGUUAUUGAGCCAGACCAGCAAAGAAGCCAGAACAGAUUGUCUGACUCCGAGAAUAACCAAGGCACUAUCAGACGUCAGGGAUGUAAAUGUGUUGCCCUCACCAACACCAACCGGCCCAUACACUUAUGCUUGCGAUAAGGCGAUGAAUAAUGCAAAAAGUGUCAUUGUCCAGUCCAGGAUUCUGCGGGAGAAGAGUGACAAGUUAAUAGAAGACUCGAUUGUGGUCAUCAAAGGGGCACAGAAAUCCGUCAACGAUGGGCUCACUCAGAAAAUGGCCGAGAGUGUAGCCAUGAUGCAACACAUGGAGGUCAGCUCUGGGGAAACACGAGCUGCCGUUCAACGCACGCAGCGCUGGUACGAUGACAUGGAAUUGGCGAGCGGUAUCGUUCUGGGCCCAGUGGAUAGCAGGCAUCUAAUGUUGCGUGAACGGCUAGACAGGCCCUUGGUGAAAGCUUACCAACGCCACCCAGCGACCCAACUUCCUGAGGCAGCUACUCUUGUCAAGGGUAUCGGAGUGCUAAAAGACGCAAUGGCAGAAACCAGUCGAAACAUUGAAAUGUUGAAGGUUGCACGACAGCGACUAAGUGAGAACAUGCGUGACAAAAAAGCUGGGUUCCGCAUCGAUUCGGGGAUAGUCCGAUUCCGCAAGCUGAAGGCACCGGCGCGGAUACAUUUGGAUGAGUCAAAGCCACUGAGUGGCAACUAAACGGAGGACUUGGGAUAUAUUUAUGUCCUGCUA